AAGGCGCGUUACCGUCUCCUCUCUCUCUUCCCUUUAUUAUCAAUAUCAUUCCCUUCUCUGAAUUCCAGGGGUUGGGAUCUUGAUUGAGUUUCAUGGCCGUUCUCUGAAUUUCUUUCUCGACCCAUUAUCUGGAACGUCUCCAAUUUCUCGAUGGAGGUUCCAGAGAACGAGUCAAAGAAUCCUGAUUGUCACAUGACAUCGGCUGUGGCUUUUGUGGAUGGGGGAAUUCAGGACGCCUGUGAUGAUGCUUGUAGCAUAUGCCUCGAGGAGUUCUGUGAAAGUGAUCCGUCAACGGUGACAAGUUGCAAACAUGAAUUUCACCUACAGUGCAUCCUUGAAUGGUGCCAGAGAAGCUCCCAGUGUCCCAUGUGUUGGCAAUCAAUUAGUCUGAAGGAUCCCAACAGUCAAGAGUUGCUGGAGGCAGUAGAGCGAGAGAGGAACUUUAGGGCUGCUCCACCAAGAAACCGAACUAUAUUCCAUCACCCUACUCUCGGUGAUUUUGAAUUGCAGCAUUUGCCAGUGGGCGCAAAUGAUUCUGAACUUGAAGAGCGGAUAAUGCAGCACUUGGCUGCUGCUGCUGCAAUGAGACGGGCUCACCAUAUUGGCAGGAGGGAUGGCCAGAGGAGUCAGUCAUCUGCCCAUGGCCGUCAACGCUUCUUGGUCUUUUCCACUCACCCCAGCACGCUACCUUCUGAGUCUGUUUCUUCCUCUGAUUCUCAAUUAGGAGAGGGAAGUGAGUCUGCAGCUAGUCCAUCUUCUUCACUUAUAUCUCGUGGAGAUGAACCAUCUCAACAGAUUCCACGACAUGCUUCAGUUCAAGCCAUUCAAAGUUCUUUAACAUCUGGAUCCAAUGUCAGGGGUUCUAGUCGAUCCCCACCACCAAAUCAAGAUAGAGCAGGGCCAUCAGAACUUCAAUCCUUCUCAGAGUCUCUAAAAUCUAGAUUUAGUGCAGUAUCAAUGAGAUACAAAGAGUCCUUUUCAAGAAGUACGAGAGGGUGGAAGGAAAGACUAUUUUCUCGCAACAAUUCUAUGUCAGAGCUUGGUUCUGAAGUGCGGAGGGAAUUGAAUGCUGGAAUUGCUAGUGUAUCCCGAAUGAUGGAGGGCCUUGAAACCAGGGAAAAUAGUAUUGCCAAUGACACCUCUGAAUCGAUUCGUUUGGGUGAUGGUAGUUCAGGUACGGAGCACAUCAACCGAAACAAUGGUGAGACUCCUUGCCCAUUGGAUGAAGGCAAGACACCAGCUUCUGGUGCUACAAGUUCGGCUUCUAGUUUAAGUAGUUGAAUAUUGCUUCAGCAAUGACAUCUAUGCUCAGCAUUUCAUCUUUGAAGUUUCAGGUUAUACAGUCAUUUCCUCAGAAAUGAAAUGCUGAGCAGAAGAUGGUUUUUGCAGUUAUGGGCCAGCAACUGUCGCUGUGAAUGAAGUCUGAAUUCUGAAACCAAAUUAGGGGGGAAGCUUUGAGGGGAAAUUCUUAGUGUCUGGACAUUCACAUUCACAUUCACGAAUGGGUGUAUGUAUAUAUGUAAAAGAAAAUGUCUGGAUGAUUACAUUUUGGCUCAGACAAACAAAACUUGAGGCAUAUUAUGAUAUAUCUUGAUCUGUUCAA